GCAAACCGCCUUUGAUCUGACCUGUAAACAAAUACAGCACACGGUGUUUUCUCAGUUGUUGUGGGCGCGCGCAAACAGCCCUAGAGCGUGCGACACCUCGAGAUGGUCGGUUUCCUUAGAGACGCGCGCACGCUCGGACUUCAAAGGAACGAGGAGAAGUUCCGCGCGUGGACACGGAGCACCAUCCGGGACUUUUAGACGGACUUUCUUUCUGUGCGGGUUCUGCGUGGAAAGGAUGGUGGUGAAGGUCACGGGAGGUCUCGCGCUGCUGCUGCUGCUGCUGCUGUGCGGGGGGGCUCGCGCUGCGCUCGCGCCGCAUGCCGGAGUCUGUCCCAACGAGCUUAACAACAACCUGUGGGUGGACGCGCAGAGCACGUGCGAGAGGGAGUGCGAACAGGACCAGGACUGUGCCGAUUUCGAGAAAUGCUGUACAAAUGUCUGCGGCCUGCUCAGCUGUGUGGCGGCUCGAUUCUCAGAUGGUUCUCCUGCUUUUCCUGAUGGCCUUUCGGGCGGGAACAUUUCAGAGGGGAUCGUGCCCAGCUGUGAAGGUUUCCUCUGCAACCAGCAGGGGGCGGUGUGUGAGGUGUGGGAGGGGCAGGCGGUGUGUAAGUGCCAGGAUCGCUGCGAGAGCGAACCAAGCUUCACCUGCGCUUCAGACGGCCUGACCUACUUCAACCGCUGCUACAUGGAUGCUGAGGCUUGCAUCCAAGGUGUAACCCUGACUGUAGUGACCUGCAGGUAUCACCUUUCUGCUCCACACACCAGCCCUCUCACCCCGGGGACCACUUCACAGGCCACUCCCACUUCCUCAGCACCUUUUGCACCCACCCUCCUCUCUAACCCUCAGCACCAAGCCGUCUAUCUGGGUGGCACUGUCAGCUUUCACUGUGAUGUGAUUGGUCAUCCCAAGCCAGACGUCACUUGGGAAAAGCAGUCAGAACGUCAGGAACACCUGGUGAUGCGUCCGGACCAGAUGUAUGGCAAUGCUGUGAUCACAAACAUCGGCCAGCUUGUGGUCUACAAUGCCCAAGGGUCAGAUACGGGCAUAUAUACAUGCAUUGCUCGCAAUUCUGUUGGAGUGUUGCGUGCUGAUUAUCCGCUUUCUGUAAUCCUCCGUGCAGAACAUGACUUCUAUGAGGACUUGGAAGCAGAUUUGGGAUCUAUGGGGAGGCCAUUCUCACCCGCAGACUGCCUGGCCGAUGUAGAACGUGGUGAAUGUGGUGAAACCCAUUUUGACUGGCACUAUGACACUUCACUCGGAUCCUGCCGGCCCUUUGCACAUGGCGGCUGUCCUGGUGGGCGUAACAGGUUCGAGACGUACGAGGAGUGUCAGGCAGCUUGCCAGCGGGAAGGACUGGGAUUGUGCACCCUGCCAGCUGUCCAGGGGCCCUGCAGGAACUGGGAGGCACGCUGGGCAUACAACACUAUCAACAAACAAUGCCAGGCCUUUGUCUAUGGUGGAUGCCAAGGUAACAACAACAAUUUCCGUUCCAAGGUUGAGUGUGAAUCCAGAUGCCCACAGCCCAAAGUGAGGCGAUGUCGGACCUGCCGGCCAAAGGGCAGACUGGUGCCCAGUCUUUGUCGGAGUGACUUUGCCAUCAUUGGACGACUAACAGAGCUGAUCGAGGAGCUGGACUCAGGCAUCGCCCGCUUCAGCCUAGAGCAGGUCCUGUGGGACCAGAAGAUGGGCCUGGAGCUGUUCAAGGCUCGACACCUGGAGGUGACACUGACAAAAAUGGACUGGACCUGCCCGUGCCCCAACAUCACACUGCAGGAAGAGGGCCCCCUGCUUGUCAUGGGUGAAGUACAGGACGGAAUGGCUAUGGUUCUGCCCCAUAGUUAUGUCCGGCCAGCCACUGACCGCAGGGUACAAAAGAUCCAAGAGGUUCUGUACAAAAAGACCUGCGAGAUGCUGCAGAGAUUCCAGGACUGAGGUGGUGUGACCCCAACAAUCAAGUGCUCAUCCUGGAGCUGUGAUUAAUUUUAUUAUUAAUUAAUUAAAAUGCUAGUGAAAGUGUAAAUUAGACAUGCUUACAGCACUGGACUCAGAAAUGGCAGAUAAUUUUAUCUGAUAAUGUUGUAUCAAUGCAUCCCUAAUAAUUAUUGUCUGUCAGUCAGUCUAGUCCCUUAAACCUGGUGUGCUGCCUAGUCGUGCAGGGAGUCAAUGAGUUUGAUAAUUUCACUAUGAGGUCACACAGGAAAUGCCCUUUUUCAGAUGACAAAAAACAAAGCAACAAUUUAAGUGGUUUUCAUCAGUAAUAAUAGUUUAUUACAUGGACUCUUACUAAAAACUCAAAAAAAAACUCCACAUAAUAAAACAGUUUAGAGUUAACAGAGUGAUUCUGAUUGAGUUUGGCUCUAGAUAAUAUGACCAAGCUUCACCAAAAUCUAAUUUAACAUCAGUUCAAGAGCUGGUCACCCACCUAGUUUAUCACUAUAGAUUACUUUUCAACCACGUAAACCAGCUUAGACCAUUUGAAACCAGAUACUAUCAAAACAUGGUCUUGAGCUUCUGCAUAGAAAGUCAUUACACCAUUAUUCACUAGUUUGAAGACAUGGAGGUUCAGUAUUGGGUUAGAAAAAUAAUACAGAUAUCAGAAUUUCUUUGUGUGGACCUCUCAGCACUGUGAAGAAACCCCGCCCACUCUGCAUGUCUCUGAGUUAUAUAGAGAACUUUUGAAAUAGCUGGACUUCCCCUUAUAGGUUCUGGUGAAAAGAGUCACCAACACUAACUUCCAUUACUGAUUCUGUUUCGCUGACAGUCCUCUAAAUGGUUUGCUUGUCCAGCAUGAACUCUGGUACAGGUACGAGGAGUGUGAUAGUGUUAGUGUCCAUUCACACCUGAUAGUCUAAACCAGAAUCGGAAAAAGCUUGAUUUGUUACAUGGUAUUCUGUACUGUAUUUAAUCCGGUUUGUUUGUUUUUUUACACUACAGUUUAGUGACUGAGGGACUAAACAACUUUAUUACAUCCAGUGAUUGGUUUAUGGAAUGUUGUCAGUUCAGUCAGAAUGUGUCUCUAUUCUUUAAUCAGGUCAGAGG